AUGAUAUAAUUUUGGAACGCCACUUGUAAAAAGCCCAUUGAACCAGUCGGUGUUGAGUAUAAAUGAUAAGUUUAAUAGUGAGACUGUGAAAUGAUGAUAAAAAUUGUGCUUUUGGUUUUGAGUGCUGGUUUGUGUACGUGCGAAGAGCCGGGCAAUCCAUGGCGCAUAGCAUUCUACCCGAAUUCGAUACCAAAGGGAGAAUAUGGUGCACCACCGUUGCCAACAUCAUCGGUCGAAAUUUCACGUGAAAAUAUCGAACUUGCUGGGCACUUGGUCGAAAUUACCAAUGCACAACACCAUGGAUAUUCGCCAUCACAUGCAUCGUAUCAUUUUAGACGACCAAAGUUAUCUUCUGUUAUAUUUUUGCCAAACGAAACUCCGGCACAACCAUUCCGCGCUCCUUUAUUGACUGGUGAAGUAUUCCCGAGUCCAAGGCAAUCAAGCAGAAUAGUCAAUCAACAAACGGCAUUCCGUCCAACUCAAUCGCAAUCUCAAGCUUUCAAACAACCUAGUUCAUCAUCGCCUCCCGGUGAAUAUGGUCCACCACCACAAACAUAUGGCCCCCCUCCAACAAAAAGUCCUCAGUCAACAUAUGGUCCACCUCCAAGUUCAUAUGGUCCUCCGACAACUUCCUAUCCUUAUCCACCAGCUGUUCCAUCAAGUCCACCAUCUCCACCUCCUCCGCCAGUCCAUGAAGUGGUAAAUGAGACACCAUUCGUAAAUAAUGAUGAUGAUGAAGACACCACUGAUCCAACCGUCAUUGCUGUUGCUAAUGCAAGUGGUCAAUACUACAUUCUUGGAAAGGAUAACACCCUUCAACGUGUCGCCUAUGAAACCGUACGCACCGACGACGAUAACAAAUAUGGUGGUUUCACAGCUCGUUUGCGUUAUUCACCCGUCGAACCGAUUCGUGAUCCAAUUUACGGCUACGACGAUCAGGGUCACUUGGUACGAAUUUACAACAAAAAAUGAGAGAUGCCGAUUCUGUACACCACAUUUUACGUAUAAGUAAUUAAAUAUUUCGAAUAUCUUCACGAUUGUGUGCGGAUUACUCUCUCUCUCUCGCAUUGUAUGAACCGAGCAUCGAAGUGAAUGAAGAAUUUGUUUGCUCUUGUUAAACCACAUUCUUUAAUUAGUAUUUUGAAUUUCCAUCCAUAAAUUUAUGGUUGUAAAACAACCAAGUGAAAUUUAUCCUUGUAUUGCAAAAAUGUACCGUCGUUCGUGUGAUAGAGCUUGUAUUGUUCAAAUUAUACUUUAAAUAUAUGAACUUGAGGCAAAAUUCGGAAGAAGUUCAAACUAAGUCGAUUUAAGCGAAGCCCUAUGUGCACAUAAAUACUCUCCAAUCUCACUUGAAUGGUUGAUAUCAUAGUUAUCCGGUGUAUAUGUAUAUAUGCUUAAAUCCAUUUCCUAUUAAAAACUGUUUCCUCCAAAUACGUUAACAAGUAUAAUAUCACGACUAAUAAAUGCAUCCGUGUAUUGAAGAGAUAGUAACCAG